UCUGCCUCGCUGCUCCCCUCGCCCGCCCGCCCGCCCUCGGGGCUUUUUUGUGUGGGGAACGGGCAGGAUGAGCUUGCGGAGUUUUGCUGGAAUUUCUCCUUCCUUUCUGAGGCGCUGCCGCUGCUGAAGCAGAUUUUCCCCUUCCUCUCUUUUUUUUUUUUGUCUGAUGCAGAAUCCCAGUAGCUAGGCAGCCUCCCUCUUUUCUUUCCUCCCUUCCUUCCUUCCACCCCUCCGCUAUGUAGGGAGGGACGGGCAUCAAUGGAAAGGCUGAAAUACGCGUAGAUGGACUUGCAGAUGCAUUUUUUCGUGAAAGAGGAGGAUAAAUCCCGCUUGCCCCCGCACUGACUUUUUUAUUGCUGUUGCAUCGCCUGGAAAAAUGGGUUUCGCUCGCUCCUGCUGAAUCCUCGGAGCAUUCCAGAGAGUUGCUGCAGCGAAGGACUUCUCUAAUUUUUUUUGCGUCGGAGGAGCUGCGUUGAUGUUAACCGCUUUUCUGUAAAAUGGAGAACGAGAUCUUCACACCCCUUCUGGAGCAGUUCAUGUCGAGCCCUCUUGUCACCUGGGUUAAGACGUUCGGACCGUUAGCCGGAGGAAAUGGGACCAACCUGGAGGAAUAUGUGGCGCUGGUGGAUGGAGUGUAUCUGAACGAAGUCAUGCUGCAAAUCAAUCCAAAGUCUGCCAAUCAGAGGAUAAACAAAAAAGUCAACAAUGAUGCCUCGUUAAGGAUUCAGAAUUUGUCUAUUUUGGUGAAACAAAUCAAAACUUACUAUCAGGAGAACUUGCAGCAGCUCAUCAUGAUGUCUUUGCCAAACGUGUUAAUAAUUGGCAAAAAUCCCUUUUCUGAGCCAGGUACUGAAGAAGUAAAAAAGCUCCUCCUGCUUUUACUUGGUUGUGCAGUUCAGUGUCAGAAAAAAGAAGAAUUUAUCGAAAGAAUCCAAGGCCUGGAUUUUGACACCAGAGCAGCUGUUGCAGCCCAUAUUCAGGAGGUAACUCACAACCAGGAGAACGUGUUUGAUCUGCAGUGGAUGGAUGUCAUUGUGCUGACACAGGAGUAUGUUGAACCUCUCUUGAAAAACAUGGCACUGCAUUUGAAAAGACUUAUAGAUGAGAGAGAUGAGCACUCAGAGACCAUCAUCGAGCUGUCGGAGGAGCGGGACUGUCUCCGUUUCCUACCUCACGCGUCGGCGGCGCAGUCCCCGUGCGGCUCCCCCGGCAUGAAGCGCACGGAGAGCCGGCAGCACCUCUCCGUGGAGCUGGCAGACGCUAAAGCCAAGAUCAGGAGGCUCAGGCAGGAGCUGGAGGAAAAGACUGAGCAGCUGCUUGACUGUAAACAAGAACUUGAACAGAUGGAAGCUGAACUGAAGAGACUUCAGCAAGAGAACAUGAACCUGCUGUCGGAUGCCCGCUCCGCCAGGGUGUACCGGGACGAGCUGGACGCGCUCCGGGAGAAGGCGAUCCGGGUGGACAAGCUGGAGAGCGAGGUCGGCCGCUACAAGGAGAGGCUCCACGACAUCGAGUUCUACAAAGCCAGAGUGGAGGAGUUAAAGGAAGACAAUCAAGUGCUGCUGGAAACAAAGACAAUGUUGGAAGAUCAGUUGGAGGGGACUCGAGCCCGUUCAGACAAACUGCACGAGUUAGAGAAGGAGAAUCUGCAAUUAAAAGCUAAAUUGCACGAUAUGGAGAUGGAGCGUGACAUGGACAGAAAGAAGAUUGAGGAGCUCAUGGAGGAGAAUAUGACCCUGGAGAUGGCUCAGAAACAAAGCAUGGAUGAAUCUUUGCAUCUUGGCUGGGAACUGGAACAGAUCAACAGGACUACUGAACUCUCUGAAGUGCCCCAGAAAUCACUGGGCCAUGAGGUGAACGAGCUGACAUCCAGCAGGUUGCUGAAGCUGGAGAUGGAAAACCAAAGUUUGCUGAAGACAGUGGAAGAACUGCAGAGUGCCGUGGGUUCUGUGGAGGGCAGCAGUUCCAGGAUCCUGAAAAUGGAGAAGGAAAACCAAAGACUCAGCAAAAAGCUGGAAGAGCUGGAGAGCGAAAUGAGCCAAGAGAAACAAAGUCUUCAGAACAGUCAAAAUCUGAGCAAGGAUUUGAUGAAAGAGAAAGCACAGCUUGAAAAGACACUGGAAGCACUUAAAGAAAACUCCGAGCGACAAAUUAAACUGUUAGAACAAGAAAAUGAGCACUUGAAUCAAACUGUGGCCUCUCUCAGGCAACGCUCACAGAUCAGCGCCGAGGCAAGAAUGAAGGAGAUUGAAAAGGAAAACAAAAUCCUUCACGAGUCCAUUAAAGAGACCAGCAGUAAGUUAAACAAGAUGGAGUUUGAGAAAAAACAAGUCAGGAAAGAACUGGAACACUACAAAGAGAAAGGGGAGAGGGCAGAGGAGCUGGAGAACGAGCUGCAUCGGCUGGAGAAGGAGAACGAGCUGCUACAGAAAAAAAUCACUAAUCUGAAAAUCACCUGUGAGAAGAUCGAGGCCUUGGAACAGGAGAACUCCGACCUGGAGACCGAGAACAGAAAGCUGAAAAAAACCUUGGACAGCCUGAAAAACCUCACUUUCCAGCUGGAGUCCUUGGAAAAGGAGAACGCGCAGCUCGACGAGGAAAACUUGGAGCUGAGGAGGACAAUUGAAUCCUUGAAGUGUACAAGCAUUAAAGUGGCACAGCUACAGUUGGAAAAUAAAGAGCUGGAGAGUGAAAAGGAGCAGCUCAAAAAGAGCCUUGAGCUCAUGAAAGCCUCUUUUAAGAAGACUGAACGCUUGGAGGUCAGCUACCAAGGGCUGGACACAGAAAACCAAAGGCUCCAGAAGGCCCUGGAAAACAGCAAUAAGAAGAUUCAGCAAUUAGAAAGCGAGCUCCAGGAUUUAGAGUCUGAGAAUCAGACCCUGCAGAAGAACUUGGAGGAGUUAAAAAUCUCUAGUAAGCGCCUGGAGCAGUUGGAGAAGGAGAACAAGUUGUUAGAGCAAGAGACUUCUCAACUGGAGAAGGAUAAGAAACAGCUAGAAAAGGAAAAUAAAAGGCUUAGACAACAGGCAGAGAUUAAAGAUAGUACUUUAGAGGAGGACAAUGUCAAGAUUAGUAACCUGGAAAGGGAGAAUAAAUCUCUGUUCAAGGAAAUCGUGGUGUACAAAGAGUCCUGUCUGCGCCUGAAAGAGCUGGAGAAGGAAAAUAAGGAACUGGUGAAAAGAGCAACCAUUGAUAAGAAAACCCUGGUCACCUUGAGAGAGGACCUGGUGAAUGAAAAACUGAAGACUCAACAAAUGAACAACGAUCUGGAGAAACUUGCCCACGAGCUGGAGAAAAUAGGCCUGAACAAGGAGCGGCUCCUGGAGGACGAGCAGAGCAGCGAUGACAGUAGGUACAAGCUCCUGGAGUCCAAACUGGAAUCCACGCUCAAGAAGUCUCUGGAAAUCAAAGAAGAGAAAAUUGCUGCUUUGGAGGCUCGUUUGGAAGAGUCCACAAAUCUCAACCAGCAGCUGCGUCAGGAGCUGAAAACAGUGAAAAAGAACUACGAAGCUCUCAAGCAAAGACAAGAAGAGGAGAGGAUGGUUCAGAAUUCCCCGCCGAGAAGCGGAGAAGAAAAUCAGUCCGUCAACAAGUGGGAGAAGGAAAAUCAGGAAACGACCAGAGAAUUGCUGAAAGUUAAAGAUAGACUAAUUGAAGUGGAGAGGAAUAACGCGACGCUGCAGGCGGAGAAGCAGGCGCUGAAGACGCAGCUGAAGCAGCUCGAGACUCAGAACAACAACCUGCAGGCCCAGAUCCUGGCCCUGCAGAGACAGAGCGUGUCCCUGCAGGAGCAGAACACCACCCUGCAGACCCAGAAUGCCAAGCUCCAGUCCACAAAAAGGCAUUUAAAUAUUGUCUUGGUGUGCAGGUACAAUCAGCUGCUGAAACAGAAGGUGCAACUGGAAGAGCUGGAGAAAGUUCUCAAGGCAGAACAGGAGAAGAUGCUGCAGCAAAGUGAAAAGCACGAAACGGUGGCGGCAGAAUAUAAAAAACUUCGCGAUGAGAACGAAAGGGCCAUUUCAUGUAUUUUACAGCUGCUUAGCCAGCUCAAAGGGAACCUGGAGGAGGAGAACAGGCAUCUGCUGGAUCAAAUUCAGACUUUAAUGCUGCAAAAUAGGACAUUACUGGAGCAGAACAUGGAAAGCAAGGAUCUCUUCCAUGUGGAGCAAAGGCAGUACAUUGACAAGCUCAAUGAACUGAGGCGGCAGAAGGAGAAACUGGAGGAGAAGAUAAUGGAUCAGUACAAGUUCUAUGAGCCAUCUCCACCCCGAAGGAGGGGCAACUGGAUCACCCUGAAGAUGAGGAAGCUGAUCAAGUCCAAGAAGGACGGGAACCGGGAGCGGCUCAAGUCCGUGACCCUCACGCCCACGCGCUCGGAAUCCAGCGAGGGCUUCCUGCAGCUGCCCCACCAGGACAGCCAGGACAGCUCCUCGGUGGGCUCCAACUCCCUGGAGGAUGGUCAGACCCUGGGCACCAAAAAGAGUAGCAUGGGUGCACUGAAAAGACUGCCCUUUUUGAGGAACAGACCGAAGGAAAAAGACAAAAUGAAGGCCUUCUACCGUCGCUCCAUGUCCAUGAAUGACCUGGUGCAGUCCAUGGUCCUGGCAGGAGGACAAUGGACAGGUAGUUCUGAGCAUCUGGAGGGUCCCGAUGAUAUGUCCACGGGUAAAAGGAGGAAGGAAUUGGGAGCUAUGGCCUUCUCCACCACAGCCAUCAACUUUGCCACUGUCAACUCCUCCACAGGCUUCAGAUCCAAGCAGUUGCUAAAUAAUAAAGAUACUACAUCCUAUGAAGAUGUAAGUCCCCAAGGUAUUAGUGAUGAUUCUAGUACAGGAUCAAGAGUUCAUGCUUCCAGACCAGCCAGCCUUGAUAGUGGCAGGACAUCCACUAGCAAUAGCAAUAACAAUGCUUCACUCCAUGAAGUCAAAGCAGGCGCAGUGAACAGCCAGAGCCGGCCCCAGAGCCACAGCAGUGGGGAGUUCAGCCUCCUGCACGAGCACGAGGCCUGGUCCAGCAGCAGCAGCAGCCCCACCCAGUACCUGAAGGGUCCCACCCGCUCCAGCCCCGUGCCCCAGCUGAGAACUCCCGAGGCGCUGGAGAGCCGUGGAAAACACCCCAAAACGGGCUCUCCCGGCAGCGAAGUGGUCACCCUGCAGCAGUUCCUGGAGGAGAGCAACAAGAGUAACUCCAGUGAGAUGAAAUCCGCGAGUGAGGAGAACCUUCUAGAUGAAGUGAUGAGGAGCCUGUCUGAGUCCGCGGAGCUGGCGGGGAGGGAGAGGCUCCGGAAGCAGCCGGGCGCCGGCUGUGGGAUCGUGAGAUCCUUGAGUGUCAAAACCACCGUGGAUUUCUCGGACGGCCGAUCCCUGAAGCCGGAGCAGCUGGUGAGGCCCAGCCUCCGUAAGACUGACGAUCUCUACUUCAGCAGCUCCCCCAUCAAAUUCCCGCCCGGAGCCCAGGGCAAGGCCCGGGCGGUGAAGGACAAGCUCCAAGCGACUGUGUCCCAGCGCCAGUCCCGGGACUGCAAUCCCUACGCCACCUUACCUCGUGCCAGCAGCGUCAUCUCCACGGCGGAAGGGACCACCCGGAGGACGAGCAUCCAUGACUUUUUGUCCAAGGACAGUCGGCCGCCCGUGUCGGUGGAUCCGGCGGCGCCCGCGGCCGACAGGAGCGCUCCGCCCAGCUCCAAUGUGGAAGCUAUCCCAGAAAGCAGAAAUUCAAAAAGCAGGUCUAGGGAGCAACAAAGCUCCUAAUUCUAUUCCCCACUACAUGAGCUGUGGGCCAAGUGAGAGAAAAGUGUCCUUCAGUAUCUCAGUGUGAAGCCUUUAUAUCUGAAGUAACAAGACAGCGACUGUAGGAGUCAUUAAUUAAAAAAAAAAAAAAAAUUGAGGGAAUUUUGUACAUCCUUCGUGACUAGAGCAGGCAAGACAUAAAAACCUACCUACCUUCCUUCCUUCCUUGAAUCAAGGAGCUCUACUGGAGUCUACUGCCGAAAAUGUGUAGAUGGGCUUAGGAAUUAUUGCACAUUGCACUGUUAAGAUCUACUGAAUAAAGGACAGUUCUCAUCUCCCUAAGGACCGAGGAUUUUAAGGUCUCAAGAAUUACUCCAGGGAAAAAAACAAACAAACAAACAAAACAAACUUCUUUCAUCUUCUGUUUUUGAAAUUAGCCACUGAUUUGCUUAAGCUUCUGCUAAUAAUUAGCCAAAAACCCCCAUAACUGGCAGUUUCUCUUUACGUCUGUAAAUCUAAAGGAAAUGCUGUAGUAUUUUGUUGAAAUGGACUGUAUAUACAGAUACAAAAACCUCACAGCUACUGGCACUUCACUGCCUUAUUUGGUUUGCAUAAUCUGCAUGAAAUUGCUCUUAAAAAGAAAAAAAAAAGUUUAUGCUGAUUUUUUUGUUGCAUACUGCAAGAGAAAAAAAAUCUGUUUACAUCCAUGGGAAAGUUGGGGAACUAACAGAAGUGGGAGUCAUGGGAUAAUGGUGUUAUAGAGAAACUGUUUGUCUUUUGUGUUUUUCACCUUCCCGAGUUACUCUGCAUAUGUACGUUCAGAUGUUUCUGACAGGAAAUUGUCAGGUCUGAGUUUUCUAUAACGUUUAUUUUAAUAUAAGGCUGUUUUCCACAAAUGCCAUUUCCAGGUUACGACUGUCUUACGAUGUUUGUGUAUCGACUAAUUCUUUUUUUUUUUUUUAUUGUUUGUCUCUUGACAUGAGCUGAUUGUGGCUUAGGAGGUUUCUUGAUGGCAAAAAAAGAAAUGUAAAUAAUAUCAUAUGCAUUUUACAAUCAGUUCCCUUGAAGGUUCUCUUUUACUAGAUCCGUUUUGUUCGUUCUUGAUUUCUAUUAAAGUCAACAGACGUUCUUGGUACCUUCGGUGGUUGCAUAUAUUUGUGUCUGGGAAGGUUUGCAGCGAGCUCAGAGGAAAUGGAGAGGAGCUUGGAUCCAAAAGUUGUUGUUAUACAUUAUUAAAUCCAAUAAGCACAUUCCUAUUCCUGUUGUGGAAGGUUACAUUCCCUGUGUCACCUCCCAGGUCCAGAAGGUCACCUCCAUCCCCUCAGUGAUGGUGAGCCUGACUCUGCUGAAUGCAGUUCAACAGAUCCAAGAGCAUGAAAUCUUGUCAGAAAGGGGAAAAAAGAGGCAAGUUCAAUAAGCUUUAGAAGGGGACGCAUUUUUUGCUUUUUUUUCUUUAAAGGGACUUCCUUCUGAAAUAUUUUUUAUGCUAAAAUGGGCUAAAAGAUCUACACUAAAGGCGUGGCGGGUAUGAAAGAGAAUUCAAAGACCAGAAACAUUAGGAAAAUAUCUCUUUCAUUCUAAAGGACAGCUUGUUCAAGCUCCUUUCAGGGCCUGUGACUGGGUUUUCCUCACUGAGGGCAGAGGACUGAUGCAGUUCCAACCCUCAAACCCAAACCAUUUAACAGCGUUCCUGUUUUCAGGAGUGUUGUUUCCAUCACACAGGAAUCCCCUCAGGUCUCGUUGACCAGCUCAGCUCUUCUCUGGAGGCGUCCAGUUGUCCAGGGUUACCCUUCCCAGCUCCCACACUUUGCUUUUUGCACAGUGUUGCACCUUCUCAGAGCGUCUGUGGGGUCACAAACUGUACAGCUGCUGUUUAACUCAUCCCUUGGACCAGAAAUGACCCCCAUCCAAACCCUCCGGGGAUGUUCCUCACAAGAGAUUUGGGGGAGCAGGAUCCUCCCUGGCGGGUCAGCUCUGGGGGCCCCAGUCCUGCCAGGGCCCCUCUGUGCCAUCCUGAGUGGGUUUGGACCCACUUUGUCUCCGUCAGCACAAAGGCCAGAGUGGGAUUUUGGGUUGUAUUUGCCAAAUUAGCCACGAGCAGCAGCAGAGACCCGGGAGCACUUCAGGGAUUUAAUCUGCUUCUCCCAGCACUUUGUUUUGCAGGGAAGUUUUGGGACAGUCCAGCAGUCAGGAGGGGCUGUGAGCUGCUGAUUCCUGCUUGCUUUUCCCUUCCUUCCUCUUCUCAGUCAGUGCCCUUAAAACAAAGUAAAAAAGCAGAUUUGGGAGCCACUUCUCAGUUCCUGGAACACGGAGUCUCAGGGAAGCAGCAGUUGGAGGCCCAGCUUUGUUCCCUGGGAGUGCCAGGUCCAGGUUAGGAAGGAGGUUGUCAUGCUAUACCAUGUGUAUGUUUUAUUUACUUUUCUGAUAGUCUGUGAGGAUUUAGUAACAUUCCAACAGGUACUAUUAUUUCUAAACAUUGUCCAGGACAUGAUGCAGCCUAACAAAGGAGCUCAUGUGUGAUUUUUUUUUUUUUUUUUUUUUUUUAGAGGUAGCUGAUGAUGUAUAUGUAAAUAAUGCUUUGAUAUUAAUAAAACUGCCUUAAAGGAAUGUACCUAGGUGUGAAACAGAACUUAAAAAGCUCUUAUUUAAACUGUAAUUUCCUUUACAUAUUGAUUUUUUUUUAAUGUUCGCCAUUGUAUACAUUUAUUAAUGAUGUUAUUAAAAUGCCAAACCAAAUAAUUUUUAUUCUUAUUUCGUCAUGUGUAUGUUCAUACACACUUUUUCUGGAAACUGAUGUUACUGGCAGGGUGUUGGUGUCGUGGUCAGUCGGUGAUGUGUGCAGUGAGUAUUUCUUCUGGAAGGAAAAAAAAAAACCUGAUAAAACUGUAGCAGAA